GGCGUGACGCCAAUGACUCUGGCCAUCCAACUGGGCCAUCGACGCUUUGCAACGACGCUGCAGACAGCCACGCACAACACCGCCCUCGAGGUGCCAUCCUCAGCUAUAGAGAUGGACGUGUCUAGUCCACUGGGCGUCGGUGCGUACGGUGCCGUGUACAAAGGCAGCUAUAACGGCCGAGCGGUCGCGAUCAAGACCGCUGCCAACGCCUCGUGCACUGGCGCACUCGUCGAUGAAGUGGAAACCAUGCAAUUGUACGUACAACAUGUCUACUUUAGCCUGGACGACUUUGUUGAAUCUUUGUUUAUGAUUAGGUGCAACUCGCCGUACGUCCUUUCGCUGAUUGCGGUCGCAGACGCUAGCACGACCCACCCCAAGCUCGUGCUCGAGUACAUGGAUGCGGGCGACCUGCGCAGCUACCUCGACGCCAAACUACUUGGUCAACCGACCAAAGUCGAUGUCUCAGCCCUCGAGGUCGCUUGGGUCCUUGCCAACGCGCUUGCUGAUAUGCAUCACAACGACCUCCUCCACCGCGACCUCAAGAGCCACAACGUCCUUCUCUGCUCCAAAAACUAUAUCAAGCUUGCCGACCUUGGUAUCGCACGCGAGCACGAGUCCAACAUGACGACGGGCAAGGGCACGCCGUACUGGACUGCACCCGAAGUACUCAAUUCCGGCAGUCACUACAGCUUUGCUGCCGACAUUUACGCGUUUGGCGUGAUUUUGACCGAGCUCGACACGCUCGAGCUGCCCUUUCACGACGUCAAGGACCUCGGGUACUGGAAGAUCAUGGAUGGGGUGCGCAUGGGCCACCUCCGUCCGACAGUGCGCACGAAUGGCCCGCGCUGGCUCCGAGACGUUGCAAAUGCGUGCUUGGCGUUCGACCCGACGCAACGUCCGUCGGCGCAGAUGCUCGUGAGCUCACUCCAAAAGCUACUUGGCCGCAGCAGCGAAGAAUUAGUGCGGGAGCCAGAGACCGAACCGUCGACAGCGCGACUCGUGACGCCAACACCCGAGAUCUUCCUCGCGUCGUUGCGUACGUCGUCAGCUAGCACCAUGUCCACGGACGCUUCCAGAGCGACGACGACGUCGUCCUCAGCAUCCGUGGGCACGACGACGUCUUCGUCCUGGUCCAACUCGGUGCUCGUGAGUACACGUAUCGUGUGCCAGGCGUGCACGUCGUCUGCGACCAAGCUCAAGGUGCUCCAGAAGCGUCUGUCGGUCGCACAAAAGAACGGUGUCGAGAUUGACACGCGCCUUCUUUGCGUCUGCUGCAACGCGUGGCAGACGAUAGAUGCCACGAUCUGUGACGUCUGCGAGGAUGACAUGCCUGACGACGACGCCAAGUUGCGCAUUCUGGUCCAGCGCAUCGCGAUCGCGACCAAGUCGGCGGCCUAA